AUGAAAACCUCCUUAGUUCAUAUUUAUAUUAGCGAAUUAAGCCUAUUAAGCCUGCUUAUUUUCUACAUAAUUUUAUUAUUGUAUCAAACCAAUAGGAGGAGGUGGGGGAAUGUUGGGAAUCUGAUUCUAAAUGCUUUAUUCUUAGUUGUUGUUCUAAUUUUAUUAUUGUAAGUUUAUAAAAUCUGGAGGAACAACAGCAUAAGUUUGAUUUUAUUAUUAAUCAAUCAAUAAAUUAUUUGGAGGUGGAGGAGGGACAAAAUUCUGAGUAAUUUACUAAUCAUUCUUGUUUUUGUCUUACUGUUAAAUAAUGUAAUUAGAAUUUCCUGGGUGAUAGGGACUAGAGUUUUAUUAUUAAACUUAGGAGUUCGAGUUGAUUUCUUUUGCUUAUUACUCAAGUUCCAAUUAAAGCAUUUAGAGCUUGCUUUAUGUUAUUUUAGAUAUUAUUUAGAUGUUAGUUAUGAACAUUCUCUAGACUUGACUGUUAUUUGUUUAAGGAUGGAUAUUUUAUUAAAUUUUUUUUCGGGGAUUCUUAUGGUUAAUCUUACUAUGGCAUAGACGGAUUCUAGUUUUACUGUUUAAAUUCAUAGCUAGGAAUUACAUUUAAUUAUGGAUUUAAAUCAACUCCAUUAGGAUUUAUAUUAUUUAGGUUGUUAUUAAUUUAGUUUGCAAACGGAAUAUCUUUUGAUUCAAUCAUAUUUUAUACUUUGA